AUGCGUUUCCCAUCCGCGGCGCUUCUUGCGUCGAUGAUACUCGCAAUAUCAGCAACAGCCCGAUUUGUCAUAUACGCAGACGAAUGGCACCCAACGCGUCCAGACAACCCACGAGAUCGAGCUGGCAUCGACCAUGUCAUCCUCGCCUUUGCCCCAGCCAACGCAACAGCUACGUUCCAGCCCAAAGUCCCCAUACACACCAUCCGCACCGAGUUCCCCAACGCAAAGGUCAUGAUUGCUGUUGGCGGCUGGGGCGAUACGGUUGGUUUCUGUCAAGCCACGAAGUCCGACGCAUCGAUGCUCGCGUUUGCCGCUGAUGUUGCUACUAUGCUUGCCAGGACUGGAGCAGAUGGAGUCGAAGACAUCGAUUGGGAAUAUCCUGGCGGCAACGGGGCGGACUACAAACAAGUGGCGAACUGGGAUCAGACUUACCAGAUCGCCGCGUUCCCUAAGUUACUGGCUGCCAUCCGUGCCGCUAUUGGAAAGAAGCUGCUUUCGAUUGCUGUCCCAGGAAAAGAAGGCCAGUCAUCAUAUACAUUUGACAUGCUUGGAUACACUCGAACAACCGGACCUCAGAUCUGGCCAUCCGUCGAUUUCAUCAACGUGAUGAGCUACGACCUAAUGAACCGCCGAGACACAGUAACCAAACACCACAGCUCCGCCAUCGAUGCCGAAAACAGCAUAAAAGACUACCUCGCCAUGGGCGCACCCCCCUCCAAGCUCAACCUCGGCUUCGCAUACUACGCCAAAUACUUCACCACGCAAGGCGACUGCAGUGGCAGCCCCCUCAACUGCCCCAUCGUCCUUGCGGAAGAUGCCCAAGGCAAAGACACACUCACCUCUGGCGCCUGGACCUUUGAGAGAUCUCGCAUACGCCCCGUUGAUGCCUCCUCUCUGACCGUAUCCCAAGACGGCACCUGCGGUCCAGAGAAGGGAACCAAGUGUGAGAUAGGCUGUUGCUCUCAACACGGCCACUGCGGUACUUCGCCUGAACACUGCAACGGCGCCUGCCAACACGCGUUUGGAACUGGAUGUACGGACGCCGAUGUAGCAGCUUCAUGGCAGCUCGCAGCCAAAUACGGUGUUACUGACGAAGUAGCCGGCGGACAAUACUACUUCGAUGCCACAAACCGCCUUUUCUGGACAUGGGAUACGCCCGAACUCAUCACAAGGAAAUUCGACAACAUCGUCCGCAAAUACAAGCUCGGAGGCGUCAUGGCGUGGAGUCUAGGUGAAGACAGCGCGGACUGGAGUCAUAUCCGACAGAUGGCGAAGGAAGUUGCCAAAGUUGGACUCGGUUCGGCGACUGCCAGCGGUUCCAACGAGCCAGUCGAUGGCUACCUGUACGACGAGAUCGCUCAUUAUUGCUGUCCAAACGGCUACGAUCCAGCGAAAUUCUUGAUCCACCAACCGGGAUAUAUGUUUCCACUCACUUACCAUCCUUUUUUGGUCGACUGCGGGGAUGGGAAAGGGCGGGUUUACUGUGCAUGCGACACCCCCGAAUGUUCCUCGUGGGCACUUUAUCCGGACCACUACGAUGGCAAUGACCCGGUUCAGCCCAUGUUGAACGACGAUGGCCUUGUCGAGAUUGGUACAAUGCGUCAAGACUUCAGCCUUACUCGCUUUCCGCAAUACUACACGCCAGCGGAGCCCAUUCCAACCGCACACAAGACUCCGGAGCCUCAUUACCGUGUCUUUUUGGAAUGUAUGGGCGAUGAUGGUUGGCUGAUAAGCUGUCCGGACUGGGUCACCUCAAAGGUUCUUCAUGGAACCGCAACUGAGCCCACACCCGCCGCACUCGAGACCCCGUCGGCGACUGACGGUGUCUUUAUGGAAUGCCUGGGUGAGCAUGGUGGCCUAACUCGCUGUCCACAAUACUACACGGACGCCGUCCUAUCCAAACAAUCCGAACUCUACACACCCGCACUGCAUACUCCGUCGCCGACUGACGCUAUCAUCCUUGAAUGCAUGGGCGAGAACGGUGGCCUGACUUGGUGUCCGCAAUCCUACACAGACGAAGCCCUAUCGAGUAUGAACCCCCUCGCCGACUCCCUCGCCGACUCCCUCGCCGACUAG